AUGGCCCUCGAUAUCCUGACGAAGAUCACCUCUGCCUUUGGGCGUGACCUCAAGCACGACGGCAACCGGUUCGAUGAGCUCGUGUGGGGAUUGAAAGAGGCACUUGGCCCGUCGUCGGGAUUGGAUUCAGCAGAUGUCGAUGUCAAGGAGUUGAUGAAGCUGAUGGAAGAGUACAACACAAGAGAGAGCGAAUGGGUACAAUUUGCAUUCGCAGAAAAGGGCAUGGGAUACACCCGCAACCUUGUCGAUGAGGGCAACGGCAAGAGCAACCUUCUUGUGCUUGUCUGGACCCCAGGCAAGGGCAGUCCCAUCCACGACCACGGCAAUGCCCACUGCCUCAUGAAGAUCCUCAAAGGCGAUCUGACUGAGAUCCGAUAUGCCUUCCCCGAAGGCGACGCAGAACAACCCAUGAAGGUCAUCUCUGAGAGAACACACAAGGAGAAUGCGGUGGCAUACAUGGCAGAUGAGCUUGGUGUUCACCGAGUCUGCAACAGGGGCAGCGACUUCGCUGUGUCCCUUCACCUCUACACCCCUCCCAACGUCGCCAAGGGGGGAUGCAACAUCUUCAACGAGAAGACGGGCAAGCGCAGCCAUGUGGCCAAGUGCGGCUACUACUCGGCGUACGGCCGCCGACUACCGAAGCAGUAG